AUGUCAGCGGGAACUAUCGUGAUAACCGGAGGAAUUCUUGCUGGGGUGAUACUGCUGUGCAUCGUAGCAGUUCUCUGUUACUGUCGACUCCAGUAUUACUGCUGUAAGAAAAAUGAUUCGGAGGUGGACAAGGCCUCAGAGGCAGGAGCUGAUCCCCUGUCUCACUUCCCCUGCAACGCUUGCAACGCCCUCACCAUGGACGGCACUCCUAUCACCCCGGUCUCUUUGGACCAGCUGGACACGGGUUCCCACAACAAACCCUGCCCCACCUGUUCGCCGUACCCCCUCCGCUCUGGACUCGCAGAAGACAUGGGGAACGGAGGGGAGCGGCUGGGCUUCCAUACCUACUAUGAAAACCCGUCUGUGACUCUUCCCCAAUCUGCAAACCCGCCCACUUCCUCCCCUCUGAGUUACUACAACCCCAUGGAUGUGUUCCCUCCUCCGCCGCGACCCUACAGCACUGACGUCUGACUCCUCAUUCACCACAAACACAUCCUCACACAUGCUGCUUUGCUGAGGACUGAAUUCAGGUAAUUUAUUAGGGUGAAGCACGCAAACACCUACACGUAUUUUACUGCUCACUCUGAUUCUGUUCGUCAUUU